AUGAAGACUGCUUUAAUUUUGCUCAGCAUUUUGGGAAUGGCCUGUGCUUUCUCAAUGAAAAAUUUUCAUCGAAGAGCGAAAUUAGAGAAUUCUGAAGAAAAUGGGGUCUUUAAAUACAGACCACGGUAUUAUCUUUAUAAGCAUGCCUACUUUUAUCCUCCUCUAAAACGAUUUCCAGUUCAGGGUAGCAGUGACUCAUCUGAAGAAAAUGAAGAUGGUGAUAGCUCAGAAGAGGAGGAGGAAGAGGAAACUUCAAAUGAAGAAGAAAACAAUGAAGAGUCUAAUGAAAAUGAAGAUAAAGAAUCUGAGGCUGAGAACUCCACCCUUUCCGCUACAACACCUGGCUAUGGCGAGGAGACCACACCUGGAACAGGAAAUGCAGGUCUAGCCGCAAUCCAACUUCCCAAGAGGGCUAGUGAUAUAGGAAAGAAGGCUACAAAAAAGGAAGAAAGUGAUGAAGAAGAAGAAGAGGAAGAGGAAGAAAAUGAAAAUGAAGAAAAUGAAGCAGAAGUGGAUGAAAACGGGCAAGGCAUAAAUGGAACCAGCACCAACAGCACAGAGACUGAAAAUGGCAAUGGCAGCAGUGGUGGAGACAAUGGAGAAGAAGAAGAAGAAGAAAGUGUCCCUGAUGCCAAUGCAGAAGGAACCACAGUGGCUGGAAAGCAGGACAAUGGUGGGUUUGAACCUACAACUCCACCACAGGAAGUCUAUAGGACCACUCCCCCACCACUGGGGGGAACCACCACCACGGAGUAUGGGGGGGAGUAUGAACAAACGGGCACCAAUGAAUAUGACAAUGGAUAUGAAGUCUAUGAAAACGAGAAUGGGGAACCUCGAGGAGACAAUUACCGAGCCUAUGAGGAUGAGUACAGCUACUAUAAAGGGCGUAGCUAUGAUAGCUAUGAUGGUCAAAAUUACUUCUACCACUAG